AUGGAAGAAAUUCCCGCCUUUUCCUUCGAGUGGCCGUUGCCCUCAGCUGUCCAGGUUUCAUUAAAAUAUGAAAGAAUGCCUGAGGUUGAGAUUGUAUAUCCUUCAGCCCCACCCCCAUCCCCAUCCCUUUCCUCAUCCCAGGUAGCAACAAACCCCAACCUCAUGAAUCCACAUGCACAAGAUGGCUCCACUCAAACCGUCCCUCAAGGACUGCAAUUUGUCUGCUACACAACAGACCGCUGCAGAUAUACCUCUAGAGACCACUCUAAGUUACUCCCGCAUAUGCAGUCGACUGGGCAUGAACAUUUCUUGUGUUACCUGGGGUCUACCAGACCUGGAAAUAUGUUUGUUGGUCGCAUUCACGUGGAGUCUUAUGUUGGUUGGAUGUGGGAUACGGAGGGGGUUUAUGUGGGUAAGGGUGAUGAGAAUGAGGAUGAUGAAGCUGAGGGUGGGGUGCCUUUAGAGUCCCCAGGAGAGGGGAGUUAUAUGGGGCGUUCCCAUACGCCGAUUUGGAGUCCUCGGGAUGGGAAGGACUCGGAUUUAUCCAAUGAGUUAUAUGAUCCGAGUUCAGGUUAUCCCUGGGGUUCAUAUACAAACCCGGAUCCUCCUGUGGACGAGUCCCGUCUCAAUUCCCCGACAGGCUGGGAAGUUGAGGAGGAAGGUUGGGGAAACGCUAGCGAAGACGACGCUCUUUCUCAAGUAUCCACCAGCUCUCACGUAUCGGAAUCAUCGAUUUUAUCAGAGCUUAGUAACAACACUGGUGCGAUCCCCUGCGGGUAUCCACGGUCCAUCAAGUCUGGCGAGAUCAUACCGAGUGUUCCAAAUGCGGGUAUCAAUAUCUUGCCUUACCAAGGCACUGGAAGAGGAACGAAUAUCUAUAUCGAUACCAACAAAGUGAUAAUCGUUCACACGGGAAACAAAUAA